GUGCUUUUUCAAACGCUGACUUUGCACUUGGCAGCCGGCAGUCGUGCAUCGUGGUGGCAUGGCGAACCUCUCGCAACUCAACGAUACGAUCGCACUCUCGGACGAAGAAGUCGCACUCCUUUGCGAGAUCGUCGUUGCAGCGCCGACGAUCGACGUUGCUGCUGUCGUCAGCGCCCGUGAAGAGCGCCUGCGCAAGGACCGUCUUCGCAAGCGGCGCAGCAAGGAGCGCAGCCAGCUCGAGCUCGAGCAGCUCAAGGGCCACGUGGCUGACCUCGAGCGCACGCUGAGCCGAAAGCGCAAGGGUAGAUGCAAAAGCAACAGCAGCGCGUCGUGGCAGGAAGCCGCCGCCGCUGCCAAGUCGGACGCGACAGCUGCCCUCAAGGUCCAGAGGCGGCUCCAACACGAGCUCGUCGAGCAGCUCGAGAGGGCCGUAUCCUACUUGUCGUGGCUACCGUCAGCGUCACCGUGCAAGAUGGCCAUCCACCCCAAGACCCAGCCGUGGAUACUACACACGCUCCAGCGCGAUCCCAAGGCGCGAUCCCACGCCGCGCAAGCCAUGAUGGAGCACCAGCAGCGUCUCUUCACACCCAGUAUGUACGGCAAGCUGCCAUCGUCGCCGGCGGGUGGGCCCUUUAGCCUCGUUCUCGCCGCCGACCACGACUGUCGACUUCCUGGGUCCACCAACAUUGCAUACUUGGAGAUGGCCAAGUUUGGUCGACUCCGCGCACCUUUUCGCCAGGUCGCGAUGGCAUUUUGGACCAUGGUCACCAAGCCGACGUUGACGCGGCAGAUCACCAACUUUGGCAACGAUUUGGUGCUCGUGACGUCGCUGGCCGCGGCGGGCGGGGCUGUCCGGCGGCACGCCCUUGUCAAGCUCAUCCACGAAAAUCACCGCGUGGUGUUUCUUCAACGCACCGUGUCGCAGGACGAGGCGUGCCCAAGCUACGCGAGCGACGUGCAUAUUGCGGCGUUCUGGGUCUUUGAAAGUGACGGCGACGGCGUCGCGCAAGUCCGUGGGUACACGCAGGUGGGCCUCGAUGGCGGCGACAACGCCAAGUACACUGCCUACAUGAACGAGAGCACCAUCAACAAUGCGACCUUAAACGCGCUCCUCGGCCAGUUUGACUGCAUUGUCUUAAACUAA